UCGACCUCGUUACCCUCUUUUCCUAUCCUCGCGUUCUCCGUCGUCAAGCACCGCCUUCGAUCCCAAGAACCCUAAUCCUAAUCCAAAUCUGAUGGUGGACCAAUCCUAUUCCAAUCGCUGAUUGCGAAGUCCCAAUUCGGCGUGCCGAUGACGGUCUCACUGCCGCCCGCGGUAGCCGAGGAACGGAGCGGCCGGCCAUCGGCUCCGGCCUCGGCAACACCUCUUUCCCCUCCUCGCCGGAGCACAAACCUUCACUUACUCGGCUUCCCCAACGGAGACACCACCCCCCCUCCUCCGGUUUCCUCGUCGUGGCUUGAGAUCCGCCUCUUCUACGUCCGCGUCGCCCCCUGCGUCGUCGACGCUGUCCCGCCCAUCCUCACCCUCUCCCAUCUCCGCCGCGAGAUAGGCUCCGCCCUCGAGAUCAACGGGGUACGCCUUCCGUCCUCCGAGCGGACCGCCGUCCCCCUCCGCCGCGACCGCGUCGAUCGCGGCGCAGCUGAGGUGACCUACGUCAGCACCGAUGGCGUCCGGCUCACCGGGGCCGUCGAUUUCGAGGUCUGCGAUGAUCGGGGCAAGUUGAUGCUCUGCGGCUCGCUGGAGAGGAUGGAGGCGCCGUGGAGCAACGGAGCGAUUGGGCUCGACCACCUCCAGGGGCCGUCAGAUUCCAAGACCGGAUGGAGCAUGAAUUGCUACGUAGCGGCAUCCAUUGGGUCUUCCGCUUUCGUGCAGCCAGACAAGGUCGGGAUCUUGUCGACCCCUUCCAUCGAGGUUUACGUGGCGGGGUGCUUCGCCGGGGUCCCCUUGAUCCUGACGCAGACUGUUCAGCUCAGCCCCAGGCGGAGGGCUGUCAGGCUGGGAGCAUUGGAGUCAAUUCCCGAGGAUGAAGAAACCACAGGUGGGAAGCAGGGGAGCAGCGCCGAUUUGGUUCAUCCCAAGCCUUCACCAUCAACUGAUGCCGAGGGGGAAACCAACGAGUAUGAUCCAGAUCUAACUUUUAGGCACAGCUACUAUCCUGAAGGUUGGUACUCAGGUGAAGAUGAGCAACUAUCAUGGUUUAACUCUGGUGUCAGAGUUGGCCUUGGAAUAGGCUUGGGAAUGUGCGUUGGGAUAGGGAUCGGCGUCGGACUCCUCAUGAACUCUUACCAGGCAACCACUCGAAGUUUCAAGAGGAGGUUCUUCUAAUCAGUCUACAAACCAUGCAAGAAACACUUUUGCCUCAGAAGAAUCUGCUUCGUUGAUUUCCUUGGUAAGUUGAUCAGUCUGACCUGUGUCUUAAAAAAUUCAUUUCUUAGAGCUUUUAUGCCUUGCGUUUAUGUAUAUGAAGCCUGUGAGUGAGAUGAAGAUCUACGUAACCAAACUAGUUAGUUCCCAAGUUUGUUCUUUUUCAACUUCGUGACCAAAUAAGCUACAGAACUGUUCUCCCUACCUGGUUGCUGCAUGUCUCUGCCCACUAAGGGUUAAAUCUCUGUAAAUUGUAGAGCUGAUCAUGUAGGUAAGCAUGGGUAACCAUGGCGUCUUUGUUGUUACUUUAAGCAAUUAAUUGUACUCGAGGACUUAUCACGUGAAAAUUAUUGUGUUUUGUAAAGUAUAUUAUAUUGAACUUUAAGAAGCAUGACAAUAUCCAAUCUUGGUUUGGGUCAUAAGA